UACUCUGUCCUCAUGAGCUGGUCCCCAGAAGAGUGCAGGGUGCCGGGGGAACCCCCCGGUGACAGACACGCCCUCUGUGCCAGGCUGGUGGAGAGGCCCAAAGGAGGGUCUGCAGAGCGUCUGGAGUCUGGCUCGGGACCCAUCGUCACCCGUACGGCCUCGGGACCUGCCCUGGCCUUCUGGCAGGCAGUGCUGGCCGGGGACGCGGGCUCUGUCUCCCGCCUCCUCGCCGACUCCAGCACCGGCCUGGCUCCGGAUUCCAUCUUUGACACCAGCGACCCAGAACGAUGGAGGGAUUUCCGCUUCAACAUCCGGGCUCUGAGACUCUGGUCUCUGACGUACGAAGAGGAGCUGACCACCCCACUGCACGUGGCGGCUAGCCGGGGCCACACGGAUGUUCUGCGGCUGCUGCUGAGGCGGCGGGCGAGGCCCGACAGUGCCCCUGGGGGCCGCACCGCCCUGCACGAGGCCUGUGCCGCGGGCCACGCUGCCUGUGUCCACGUACUGCUGGUGGCAGGAGCCGACCCCAACAUCCCUGACCAGGACGGCAAACCCCCCUUGCACCGCUGCCGGGGGGCUGGCACCCUCGAGUGCGCAGAACUGCUCCUGAGGUUUGGGGCGAAAGUGGAUGGUCGGUCUGAGGAGGAGGAGGAGACCCCUUUGCAUGUGGCCGCCCGGCUGGGCCACGUGGAACUGGCGGAACUCCUUCUGAGACGGGGGGCAUGCCCGAAUGCCCGGAAUGUCGAAGGCUGGACCCCACUGCUGGCUGCCUGUGACAUCCGCUGCACAUCCUCCGCCGAGGCCGAGGCCACCACCGCCCGCUGCCUCCAGCUGUGCCACCUGCUGCUCUCGGCUGGAGCCGAGGCCGAUGCUGCCGACCAGGACGAGCGCCGGCCCCUGCACCUGGCCUGUCGCCGUGGUCACGCGGCCGUCGUGGAGUUGCUCCUGUCCUGCGGUGUCAGUGCCAAUGCCAUGGACUAUGGGGGACACACGCCCCUGCACUGCGCUCUACAGGGCCCAGCUGCGGCCUUGGCCCAGAGCCCAGAGCACGCAGUGCGAGCUCUGCUUAACCAUGGCGCCGUCCGCGUCUGGCCUGGGGCCCUCCCCAAGGUGCUGGAACGCUGGUGCACGUCUCCGAGGACCAUCGAGGUCCUGAUGAACACCUACAGCAUCACGCAGCUUCCCGAGGAGGCCAUGGCCCUGGUGCCUCCUGAAACUCUGCAGAAGCACCACCGUUUCUAUUCGUCCCUUUUCGCCUUGGUGAGACAGCCCAGAUCCCUGCAGCACCUGAGCCGCUGUGCCCUCCGUGCCCACCUGGCAGCCUGCCUGCCCCACGCCCUCCCCCGCCUUCCUCUGCCACCCCGCCUGCUCCGCUACCUGCAGCUGGAUUUUGAGGACGUACUCUACUAGGUGUCCACUGCCUUUUGAGAGACCCGGAAGCUGGUGCCCCAGGCCCCAGGGGGCUCAGGUCUGCUUCUCACAGCAUCCCAAGCUUGGGACAGAGUUGAGCUGGUUCAGGCCGAGGUGGCCCUGUGGAUGCUGUCAUUCCCAGCAGGGAGAGAGGCAGACAGACCAUGCGGCCAGGGGAUGUCUGAUGGAGAGAGAGCUGGGACUCACGGCAAGUGAUACACUCCUCUUGGUGGUCUCCCGAGGCAUCCCUCCAGCCCGGCCAGACCCUGUAUGAGCAUUAAAAAUCUGCAGGCCUGUGCUGUUGGGUGCUGUCUCCUGCAGGCCUUCCUCCCAGCUGGUCACUCAGGGGGCUCAGGACGGGCAGGCUUGUGGGGCCGCCCUGGAUCUGCCCCAUGGUGCCAGCUGUGUUAUCUUCCCCCUUUCGAAUCUACCAGCUGCUGAGCAGUCCCAGGCAGACUGGCCCCUCUGGUUCACGAUGUGGCACAAGGGCCACCAGGCGAGAUAGUGUCAGAGGGUGGGUGAGCUAACAACCUUGGGUCGGGAGGGAGGACGGCAAAGGGAGCCUUGGGGUAAGGAGGUGAGGCGGCGAGCAGGAAGGCCAGCGAGAAGGUGGGUGCAGGUGUCGGCCAUCAAAGAGGGUAACCGUGGUUCAGGUGAGAGUGAAAGAUUCAGGUUUGGAAAAAGCAAACAACUCUACCUACUGCCUGCCCUGUGGGUCAAGGAAGACGGGACGCACACCUGGCACCCGCCCGUCUCUAUCUGCUCCUUCCUUCGCGUUAGCUUCGCGGCAGCGGGCGCUGAGAGUCACAUGUCCUGGGUUCUAGACUCAACUCUUUCAUUAAGUUGUGGAUCUUAAGUCUCUUCCCCUCUCUGGGCUCAAGUUGCCGCAUCUGUGCAACAAGAGAGGAGAGAGCCCCUGAAGGUCUUUGCAGGGCCAGGGUUUUAAGAACCCACAGCUAGUCCCCAAGCGCAGGUAGGAAGAGAGAGUCGCCCCGUGACGCAAGAGGCCAAUCAAAUGCACCGUGAUCCGUGACGUCAAGGGUCGCUGGACAGGU